AUGAAAAAGUCGGAGCUUUUACAAACGGAACUUUCGAGUUGCCAGAAAUCUUUGAUGUUUCGAGAACAAGAAUUAAAUGAUAUGAUAGUGAAGUAUCACAAAUUAGCGGAUGAAAAUAAACAAUUGAAGCGAGAAAACAAUUUUCUCAAAUCACGAAAUGACGAACUUUAUGCAGAGAAGCAGGAGCUUCGAAAGGAUUACACCAAAUUUCGUCAGUCAAUUGCAAAACUCGAACACGAGAGAGCAGGAAGUAUUGAAAAAAAUGGAACAAGUGUUGAACUCGGAAAAUUCGAAGAGCUGCUUAAAAGAUAUAAACAAAUGGAAUCCGACUUGCACACAAUGCUUGGAGUGAAAGAGGAAUUGUUGAUUGAAAGAGAUACUCUUCAAGGAAAAGUCUCUCGAUUGAGUAAUGAGUUGUCACUUUUGUUAAAUGGAGAUCCUAAAAGGGUUGGAGAAGAUCUAGAUUCGCUGAUUGCCGAAAAUCGGUUCUUAAAAUCGCGGCUGAAUACUGCCGAAGAGGAGAGUGAAGUAAUUAAGUCAACUUUGAGAAAGUAUAAGCAAAUGGUGGAAGCUCGAAAUCCACAGUUGCAGCCAAGUUCCAGCAAAUCUUCAAACGACAAAGAUCCUUCAGCUGAAGAACGAAGUAGCGUUGCCGUCAUAAAUAUGAAACAAAUCCGCGAAUUGCUUGCAUCGGUUUCAAUCGAAUUAGACGAGUCUGAUUAUCGAGCGAUCACAACGAUUUUACUUGAUUUGGUUAAUGACAAACAAAUGGCCUUGACGCACUUACGAAGAACUAACAAAAUUCUUGGCACGCGCUUAACGGAAUUCGAAGCAAAAGUAGCGCUGUUAGAAGCAAAAUCGAAAAACUCAAGCCCAAGGCAUGAAGUCGCCGCAGGAGAAGUGGAAAUACAGGUUCCAGAGAUAUUGAAAACUAUCUAA